AUGAGGUUCUCCGCUCCCUUCACCGCCGCAGCCGCAGCUGCUUCACUCGUCCUCCUCCCCGCUGCAUCCGCACAUGGUCCCGAGACCAAGGACGAGGUCGUCAAGUUCCUCGACCAGCAGCAUGCUGCCUACCACUGCGCGCCCGCCAUCGCUGCCAUGACUGCCGCACGCAAAAAGUCUUGGGCACAGAAGGUGCUCGGCGGCGACUCGGUCCAAAACAAGAACCUCUUCAUCGACGGCUACUUUGAAGACCUCGGCAUCGACGGCGAGAUCGCCGCAAAGGGCAUCAAGGCGCUCGAGGAAAAGGGAAAGCGCAUCAUGGCGUGCGACCCCGUCGUCGAGUCCAAGAUCCGCAACUCCACCUGCGUCCUCUCUCCAGAGACCACCCAGGGCCCCUACUACCACACCGAAGACCACCCCAUCCGCGCCAACAUGGCCGAAUGGCAGCUCGGCGUGCACUUCCAGAUGGACGUUGGCGUCAUCGACGUAGACACUUGCGAGCCCAUCCCCAACAUCCUCGUCGACCUCUGGCACGCAAACGCAACCGGCCACUACUCGGGCCACCCCGACCCCGCACCGCACCUCAAGGACGAGAUCCCCGCUCAGACCGGCGUCCGUAAGGGUCUGCUGUCCGCCUUCCCUCGCACAAACACCCACGAGCAGUGGCUCCGUGGCGCGCUCCCCACCGACAGGAACGGCGUCGCGCAGUUCACCAGCGUCUUCCCCGGCUACUACACCGGCCGCGCCACCCACGUCCACGUCAAGAUCCACAACGACUGGGAGGCCCUCCCCAACGGCACCUUCCGCUCCGGCAGACUCAUCCACACCGGCCAGUUCUUCUUCGACGACGAACUCAACAUGAUGAUGGACAAGGUCUGGCCCUACAACACCAACCCCAUCGCCGACCUCCCCGGUCGCGGCCGCACACGCAACUGGGAGGACUCGCUGCAGAUCUUCCAGGUCUCCCACGACAACGGCUACUUCCCCACCUUUGACGUCGAGAAGCUCGGCGGCGUCAUGACCGACGGCCUCAUCGGCUACAUCACCGUCGGCGUCAACCGCUCAGUCAUUGUCGACGAGGCUUGGGUCCCCACCACCGGCGGCGGAAAGACAAAGCCCUACGUCCCCGCCGAUGCCGCAGCUCCCUCCCACCAGGAGCUCUGA